GGGGCCCCCCAUAUGGUGAGCUUCUCCAUCACACCCUCUCUCAUUCCAGAGCCUUCCCCGGGGGCUGUGCCCAGGCCCUGGGCUGAGCCCUUCCCUGAGGGCUCUCCGGCCCACUGAUGGCCCAGGACGAGAAGCCGCGAGCACGGACGCCGGGCCAUGAAGCCCUGGGUGGUGCGUAGGGGGCCCGUGUGAGCCUGGGGGGGCGGGGUCAUGGGGGCCAGAGAAGGGGUCUUGGAGGAGAGGGUGCUGGGGUGGGUGAGGGUAAGGCCAGAGGGCACAGGGCUGCUCUGCUCAGCCUCGAGUGUUCAAGGGGGCAGAACAGGCCGAGGCGGGUGUCCGGGUGGGGAGGGGUGGGGGCUAGACAGGCUAGACAACCCCACCCGCCAGAGGGGCACCAACUUCCCUUGCGUCCGGCCGGCGGAGUCUUAUUUGGACUCGUCUGAGUGACCUUCACGGGUGGUCACACCGACCUCUGCAGCCCCUCAUCCCCCCACUGUCCGAGCACCCCCCUUUGAGCCCCCCAGGUAGGAGCUCUCCCCAGAGGGCAGGGUCGCACUCUCCCAGCCCCCGAGCCCAGCUCCCUGGGGGCAGAUGAGGCCCAGCCUCCGGGCAGCAGGAAGUGCCGAGCCUGUCCCUUCCCCAGCCCCCUCCCCAGCUCCCCAGGUGCUCAGUCCUCGGGGCCCACAGGGGUCCAGGGCUCCAGGAGCUAGAGGCAGCCUUGGGUACCAGGCUGGCGCCCCAGCCAUGGCGGUCAGAAUCUGGGCCUCUGCUUGGCGCCUCCGGAAGCCAGAAGUCGCCACUAAUCCAGAGGGGCCGUGCUCAGAGGAUGGCCUUGUCCCCCGUCCCCCAAACUGUCCAGUGAUGCCCAGCGGGGCCGUGUCCGGCCAAGAGCCCGUCCUGUCCCUGCAUAGGGCACGCUCGUGGCUAUCCUCACGCGUGGUGAGGAGGGGGUGGGGGCAGCCUGAGGACACCAGGAGGAGACAGAGGGCACGCGUUUCUCAGGGAGAGCUUCCUUUAAGCAACGGCAGCACCGUCGUACAGUUCGGCUCUGAGGAAGUGGCCUGGACCCCGUCAGUCUCGCCCCUGGCAGCCCUGGGGACAGAAACGAUGACCCACUAAGUGUCCACCCUCACUGCUGGCCCCUUCUGGUCUUGCCCGGCAGGCCACCUCUAUCUCCUGAGCUGCCUCAGAAGAGCCCAGGUCUCUGGGAGUCUGGGGACCACCCCCCGUCCCCAGGGCCCCAAACUGGCCUCCUUUCAUUAGAGGGGCUGUCACUCCCACUGCUGGGCCCACCUCCAGAGGCUGCCCGUUUCCAAGAGGGACUCCUGUCGGCAUUAGCCCGGCUGGGAAAGGUCCAGAUUUGAAGGAGGAUCCCCUGAGGGGAGGGAACACUGGGGAGCCAGACUCACUGCAGAGGCCCAGGCUGGGGAGCACAGAGCUCUGGGCCUGCAGGGACAGCCCCGGUCCCCCCUUCACCUCUCCCAUCACUACCCACAAUGGGUCAGCUGCUGCCAGUGGUCUGUGUGGUUCCGGGGAGGUUCAGGUGAGAGGAAGUGAAGUAGGAAGUGCACAAGCCACGGGGCAGGUCACCUGACGGGCUCCAGAGGGAAGUCAGGUUCCAGAGGCGCAUCUGAGGGCAGGUGAGGAAGACGGGCUCUGCCCUGGUCCUGGGGCAGGUGACCUCCCCUCCGCAGGCUCUGCUCACCUGUUACACGGCAUUGCACUACUGAACUCAAGCUCCUUUGCAAAUGCUCGGAAAAGAGUCACAGUUUAUGAUUCUCCAUCAGGAAGGACCCGUGGUCUGCACGCCUCCUCUACCUGGUGUGUGGCCACCAAGCACACAACUCCUCCUGGGGCAACUGCUCAGUGGAGGGCUGAGGGCCCUUCCCUGCAGGGCUGGGGGCCUGGGGGAGAGGCCAGUCGCCCGGGUGUGGUCGCUCAGGCGGAAAGCUUCACCCAGGGCCUCUCCAGGUCUCCUGGGGAACAGCUUCUGGACAACAGCGUUCCCUAGUCCGCAUGGCAACGGGGCCUGCACUCCUGUUUCCAGGGAAAACCAGCCCUCAGCGUCAUGGUUGCCGCAGCAACGCCUAUGGGCUCAGUCAGCCACGCUGUCCUGCCAACCCAGAGAGGGCAGCUGGGCACUCAGGACAGAGGAGCCAGGUGCUGCCCAGGUGCGGGGUCGGUGCACAGAAGGAAGUCCUGGCCCUGCCAGGGUCCCAGGAGGAAACUCACCGGCAGCAGAGUCCCUGCUUUCCCUUGGGUCCUGUGCCCCAGCCCGCGAUGAGUUCUGCCUCCAGCGAGCCGGGCAACGGGGACUCUGCCGAGCGGCCCCGGCUGGGGCUGGACGCUGUGAUCCAGAGGCUGGAGGACACCGUUCUGAGCCCCAUGGCCAGCAGAGAAGACCGGGCGCUGACCGUGCAUGGGGGAGGCUGGCGGGCCUCACCCAUCCCCGUGCCUGCCCGCAUCCGUGAGAUUGUGGCUGGCAGCCUGGGCGAGGAGCCGCCCCAAGCGCUGCGGGAGCCGCCAGCCACCUCGGCCCACGUGCAGGAGGAGCUGUCCCGGCUGGAGGAGCUGCUGGCCCAGGCGGGGGCCGAGCGGGACGAGCCGGCCGGCAGGUACCACGCAGUCAGCGAGCAGCCGCAGGCCCGGCUGGAGGCCACCGAGGCUCGGCUGCGGAGGUCAGAGCAGAAGCACAGCGUCGACCUGGAGGAAGCCCUCGGCCGGCUAGAGGCUGCCGAGCAGAGGAGCACCGGCCUCUCCCAGGUGAACACCCUCCUGCGGGAGCAGCUAGGACACAUGAAGAAGGCCAACGACAGACUGGCCGAGGAGCUGGCGGGGACGACGCACAGCGUGCUCCUCCUGCGGGCUGAGCUGGAGCUGCGGGAGAGGCAGCGCUGGACCCAGAGAGAGACCCAGCGUACUCGCGCGGUGGGACACCAGGAUGUCCUCCUCCUGCAGAGACAGGUCACAGCCCUCCGUGGACACCUGGCUGAGCUGCGUGCAGCCACCGAGAGGGGCCUCGCUGACAUGCGAGUGGACGCGGCCAGGACGGCCCAGCGCCUGCACACGGCCUGCCUGAACCUCGGCUCCAACCUGCGGCUGACAGCCAGCCGCACAGCCAGUGCCCUGGAGCAGCAGCUGCAGGACAAGGUGCGGGAGAUGCUGCAGCUGCAGGGUCGCUGGGACGCCGAGAAGGUGGCACUCCAGGCCAGACUCUGGGAGCAGACGUUGCUGGUGGGGAAGCUCACAGAGCAGAACGCGGACAAGGAGGAAACCAUCUCCUCCCUCAGAACGGAGGUUCAGGAACUGGAGUCCCAUCGCAGUGGAGGCCGGCCGGCCCCGAGAGACUUGAGGGCUGAGGUGGAAUCCCUGCAGCUCACCUCGGACAGCAUCACAAAGGUGCGGCCCGUCCCGGGUCCUUCCCGCGUGGAGCAGCAGAGGGGCUGCAGGGUCCUGGUGCUUCGAGCAGGCCCGGGAGAUGCUCUGGAAGGACCUGUCCGACCUCAGCCCUGCGCUCUCUCCCCUCUACCCCUUCCUCCCUGCGCCCUGAAGGUGGCGCAGGCAGACGAGGGGUGCCCGGAGCCAGCCUGGAGCGGCAGCACCGAAGGCCAGGAGGCGCGGGGCCAACCAAGGAGCCCCCCACGGGCCGCAUCCCCCCCACGGGCCUGCUCCCCGGCCGCCCUGGACCCUGCGCUGCGGGCUAUGCAGGUGGUCAUUGAGAGGCGGCGGCAGCGGGAGCAGGAGCUGCGCCGGCGGCUAGAGUCCUCCGAGGCAGCGGCCGCCGGGCUCCACGAGCAGCUGUCCGAGAGCCAGCGGGAGCUGCGGGCCUCGCGGAGGCUCCUGCAGGAGCUGAGGCAGGAGCAGGCCCGGGAGCGCCAGGACCUCCUGGGCAAGCUGGAGGCGCAGCGCUGCCGGGAGUCCAGCAAGCUCCGGGGAAGAGAGGAGGCAGCUCAGGAGGAGGGUGGAGGAGCUGAGGGGACGACGAGGAGCGGCGGAGUCCGGAGGCCAGGCGCGGGGCUGCAGAGAAGCCUCCUGCGGGGGGCGGGGCAGAAGGCGGAGCUGGUGAAGCAGGGCCUGCAGGGCCGGAGGGAGCUGGACGCCUCGUCUCAGGGGUCGGGGUGCCUAGCGAGACAGCAGGCCCCGCCCACGGCGGCCGGCCCCCACCGCCACCCAGACACCCACUCCAAGUCCGGCCCAGCGCCACCCCGGGGCAAAUCCACCACCCUGGGCCCAGCCGAGAUGGGUGCCCCAGCUCAAGGGCGCCUGGAGCAGCUGGAGGAGAAGGUCUCGGGGCUCAAGAAGGAGCUGGUGUCGGCCCAGGAGGUGCUGAACACAGCACGGCUGCAGAGGGACGUCCUGCAGAGUGAGGCGGAGGUUCUGCGCAGGGCCCUGGCCCGGGCCGAGUCCAGCAAAACCAACCUGGAACUGCUCGUGUGCCAGCUCAAGGCGGAGGGGGUGGAGCAGAGACACUCCCUGGCUGACAUGGCUGCCCUGAUGGCGGGGCUGGCUCGGGACAAAGGCUUCCUGAGCCACCUGGUCCUGCAGGUGAGACAAGGGCCCAGGGGGACGGACCCUCUGGAGCAGGUGGGCCAGGUCACAUGCAAGAAACAGGCCCUGGAGGAGCAGCUGGCCCAGAGCCUGCAAGACCAGGAGGCCCACAUGGACGCGCUCCAGAGGGCCCUGCAGGAGAAGGAGGCUUUGUCUGAAGAGUGGGCCCAGCUGCUGGCCAAGCAGCAGGCCCUGGAGAGGCAGGGCCAGCUCACAGCUGAGGAGGCAGCUGACCUCAGGGCCGAGAGGGACUCCCUGGAGAACAGCCUCUUUGAGGCCCAACAGCUGGCGUCACAGCUGCAGUCACGGCAGGAGCAGCUGGAGGGAGAGGCCCAGAGCGCAAGGCUGGCCCGGCAGGCCCUGCAAGUGCAAAUGGAGCAGCUGAAGUGCACCUGGGAGGUCCAGGAGACGAAGCUGCAGGGGGACGUGGGGCAGCUCUUGCAGCAGGUGAUACAGCAGGAGCAGGACACGCAGCUGGCCCUGGAGAGCCAGGCGCUGGCCCACAUCGAGGACCUAGCCCGGCUCCAGAGGGAGAAGGAGACCCCGAGUCUGUCUCUGACAGAGGAGAAGGAAGUGGCGGCACGCAGGCUGGAACAGGAGGAGGAGCUGGUGGCAAAAAGUGCAGCCAAGAGGGAGCCUCUGCAGGAGGAGAUUCAGAGCCUGAAGCGUGAGCGGGAUGAGAGUCUCCUUCAGCUGGAACGCGAGAUGCAGCAGGCCCUGUCUCUGAGAGAAGCGGAGACCAGCCAGCUGAGGGAGGAGCUGUCCAGGGCCGCGUGGGAGCUGGAGCUGGUGCAGCACGAGGCCCGGGGCCGGCAGGAGCGAGCCGAGGCCACCAUCAGCGCCACGACCGCAGACCUGAAGGCCCUGCAGGCCCACUUCGAGGACGCCGUCUCGGCCCAUCAGAGGGAGGCCAGGGCUCUGGGCGAGAGGCUCCGGGAGAUGGCGGCCCAGCGGAGCAGCGCCAGGAGAGAGGCCGAGAGGCUGCGGGCACAGCUGGACGAGGCCCAGGAGGGCCUGUCCGCCCUGCGCCGGGAGCUGCAGGGCAGCGAGGAGAGCCGGGAGAGGCUGCACAGGGAGGCCCUGGACGCCCGCCGGGUGCUGGAGGACGAGGCCCGAGAGAAGGACGUGCUGCGGGAUUCCAACACCGUGCUGCGGGCCACCAUCCGCAGAGUCGAGCAGGAGAAGGCCAGCUUUCAGCGUUCCAAGGAGGAGAAGGCGCAGAAGGUGCUGGUCCUGGAGGAGGCCCGGGCAGCGGCUCAGAAGGAGGCCGGCACGCUGCGGGCCCUUCUGCGGGGGGCACAGCAGGCACGGGCAGACGCCCGCCGGCAGCUGCAGGAGCUACGCAGACAGGUGAUGUCACUGGAGGCCGAGAACCAGAGGAAGAGCCAGGAGCUGCGCCGGAUGCAGGUCCGGGGCGCACAGGGUGCGCAGCAGGGGACGCCGGAGCUGCAGAGGCUGGCGGCCGAGGCACAGGCAGCCAGAGAGGGCUCACAGAGGGAGGUCCUGAGGCUGCAGCAGACGCUGGUGGAGGCGGAAGCCAGGGCCGCGGCCCAGGAGAAGCAGCUGGAGGAGCGCCUCUGCGAGAGCCGGGGCACCGAGCGGGCCCUCCGGGCCGAGCUGCACCGCGUCACCAGAGAGCUGCAGCAGGCCAGCGGCACGGCCGAUGGCCUCCAGGCUCGCCUGGACGGGGCCUGCCAGCGGCUCGGCGGCCUGCAGCAGGAGGUGGCCCAGGCCAAGGGCGCCAGGCGGGAGGUGGAGGCCCAGCUGGGCCGGCUGUGGUCCACACUCCGCCUGGGCCUGGGGCUCCGGGGACAGAGCCCCGUGGCCUCCCCCAAGCGGCCCGGCUCCCCCGCCAAAGGCUCAGAGGGCACCCAGGGUUCCCCUGGGCGGCAGAGUGCCAGCACCCCCGGCCGGUCCCGCUCGCCGCUCCGAUGGCCCUCGCCUGCCCCGGGAGACUGCAGCACAGAGGGGGCCGUGGCCUCGGUGAGGGACGCCCUGAGGGACUUGGCGCAGAAGCUGAGGGAUGCCCGGCAGGAGCGGGAAUGGGGGCGGGGAGGGGCUGGGAGCCUGAGCUGCCGGCUGAGCGAGGCCGAGAGUGAGCGCGCCCGAGCCCAGAGCCACGCGGGGCAGCUGCAGAGGGCACCGGCCGGGGCAGAGGAAGGUGGCCGCCCUUCUCCACCCUGCCCUGGCCACCACUACAAGGUCCCCCAGAGCCCCCCUCCUGGCACCUCGAGGGUCCGUCCCGGGAGCUGCUCGGGCCCGGGCCACAGGGCCAGACCCCGGAACCAGCAUGCCCGCUACCCCGAGGCGCCCCAGCACCUGGCAGCUGGCGGGUCUUUCUCAGCCGUGACUUCCCCGUCACAAGGCAGUAAAGUCCAGAGACCUCCAAGGCCCGCCCCGACCAGGCCCCCAGCUACUCCGCCACGCCGGCCUCCUGCAGUCCCACCUCUGGGCAUCUGCACUGGCUGUGCCUACCGCCAGGAGCCCUCUUCCCCCACCGGGUCCUCGGCCCACGUCAGCUCCUCAGAGGGAGGCCCCCUGCCCUGCUGGUCACCCCACCUCCUUUCUGCCCCCCUUCCCCCACUCCUGGGUCUGUCCAGGAGGCAGGCCCGGGCCUGGCACGGAGUCCAAGGGAGGGAUGUCCAGGAGCAAAGCCAGCAGGAGAGAAGGAAGGGUGGGGAGGGGCCUGGAGUCCAGGCAGAGGGAGCUGGCACCCCAGACCUGCCCCCGGGGACCUUGACUUUGAGGCAGGACGGGAAGGGCAGGGAAUUUUCAGAGGGGGGGCCUCUCCAGCCCCUACCAUCUAGGCCGGCGUGCAGGCUGCAUGGGCCCUGCAGGAGGAGGUGUCCCCGAGGCACGGAGGAGCGAGGCUCCAGCGCCCAGGUGGGGUCCCUGAAGAGCUGGUCCCUGAGUCUGAACCCCACCCCACCCCCUGCCCGCGUCUGCCGAGACGGGGGCUUUGUGCUCACAGCACUCCCCGCCGGCAUCCUCCUCUCUGACGGCCCAGCUGCUGCCGGCCGCUUGCCACCGCCGCCCCCCCCGCCCGCCACCCCCCCCCCCCCCCCCCCCGGCCCCGCACCGGCCUAUGGCCCUCCACUGCACGUGAUCUGGGCAGACGCCAGGUGCCACAGCCUCACCUGCAGCACACCCCGGGCCGUGCUUCCAGACGGCCUGUGCCUCCCUCCCCCAGAAGCACUGGACACGCGGCACCAGGCCCUGGACGAGGGCAGAAGGCACAGGCAGGGCCUGGCCCAGAGCGCGCUGCUAGAGGAGAAGGUCGCCCCCCUGGAGCGCAGGCGCGGGAGGCCCUGCAGCAGCCGAGCCGGGGGCUCAGCCUCAGGCCAGAGUGACCUGCCUACGCGCGGCCUCUGCCCGGCCCCUGCCCGGCCCACGUGCUCUGGCGGCGGCGGCGGCGGCGGGCGCAGCGCGCGGAGAGGCGUGUCCUGCGGGAGGAGCGGCCGCGCUGCGCCCCGGGCGGCCCGCCUGCAGGCGGAGCUCGCGGUGCACCGGGCCCAGACAGAGCUGAGGAGGGAAAGGGACAACGUGAGGGCGGGGGCCGAGAAGGAGCCGCUGGACCAUACCUGCCUGCACCAGGAAGCGGACAGGGCCCUGAGGCAAAACCAGCUGGGCUCCAUGCACCCCAGUCUUGGGAGUGCCUGGGGUCUCACCUAUGCCCAGCGGCUCCAGGAGCUGGCCACCCAGCACCAGCGAGACCUGAUGGUGGAGGCCGAGCGGCUGCACGGAGCCCAUGUACAGGCUGCACAGGCCCUGGCGUCCCGAGAGAGGACCCACCAGCAGCAGGUGAAGGUGCUGGAGAAGCAGGUGGCCAGCCUGAAGGAGCCGCGGGACCAGGAAGUGCAGCAGCGGCGACGAGCCCGCCUCGGCCAGGCCUUCCAGGCCAAGGAGUGAGUCCGGCUCCCGACCCCUGGGUGGCCCGGCUGCCACUGCCCUGACCGGCCCGGCAGCAGAACCGCUGCUGGGGAAGCAACGCCUCGUGCUUCUCAGCCGGGGGGCCGAGCUCGAGGGGCACCGGGCCAGGGAAGCCACCACCCGUGCCGGGAGUCAGUGGGCACCCUCUGAUCCCCUGACCACAGAGCUCCCCCAGCCCUUGGGACCCCCGCCUCCGGCUGGCGUGGCCCGAGCUCCGGAGCCGCUGCUCUCCGACGCGCCCCUCCCCGGCAGCACGGAGCCUCCCGCGGCCGGCAUCGGCCCUGGCACCGCUGUGGAUGUGCUGACCCGGCCAGACCCCGGCGGCCAGGCCCCAGCAGGCCAGCUUCCGCAGCCACGGGCUGCAUUCCGUGCCCUCAGCUCUGUAAACAUGGGGAAACACGUGGAAAACAUUUCCACCAACUGAAGCCAAAAACAUAAUGUCCCGCAGGGCCCAGCUACCACAUCCCUGCGCACAGAGGCGGCAAGACCUCCGUAUCCAGGAACUGCAGGGCCGUCACGGUGGCAGGUGGCUGCAAGUGACUCAGAGUCCAGUCCCCACCCCCACCCCCACCCCCCCCCCGUGCUCCCCGCCCCGUGACUCACUGCCCGUGAGAGGCAUCAGAAUGUAAACGUUAAAGUUGUUAGAGAACCACCCACUUUCCCAGCCUAUAACUCUGGGAAAAUUCCUGCGGGAAUCCAGCCCUGGUUGCCACGGAGACCGGGGCAGCCAUCUUAGGCCGAUGCCUGGUUCACCUGUUCGCAUUUUCUCUCUUUUCCCCCCAUGAACACUGGUCAGAGUGAUUUGUUUCCUCUCCAAAUGGCCUCUUUUGUUUUGUAAGUGACGUGUUUACAACAUCUGCGGGGCACCAGCCAGCCCAGGAAAUUCCUGCGUCCGCAGGUGCUAGCCGCCACCCCGAAGCACCUCCUCCCUCCAGGACUCAUGGGGGUGAGAAGGGCCAAAGCUCCUGGAGCCCACCCAUUCCAAUCACGAUCCCGCACUUAAAACAGGCUGUCCUGUCAGGCCUUCCUUUCUGACUGAACCUAGUAACGGAGUUGCCAUAUGUUGCGAACUGCACAAAAAAUAGGUUUCAUUCUGCCUGUCAGCUCUGCCUGAUUAUUGGUGGCUGUGUUGAGAAGGAUUCUGAAGUUCAGCCCAGACUCAGAGGGGAAGAGCAUGGUGACCCAUUAACAACGCUGCUCUGGGCGAAGGAGGCGUUAGUGGUGGUGUUCGCACCCAGGUAUUCACCAGCUCGCAGCGGCCCAUUGGAACGCAUAGCAACCCAGAGGCUGCCCCCACCAUUGGAGAGCCUGGUACAGACAGGAAGGGUAGGGCCGUGAGACACACACAGCUCUGAUGCUCAAGGCCUGGCAUUUAGUAGGCAAGUCCCUUCCCUUCCUCCUCGACCCGGCGACCCCACGACCCAGUGGGCAGCUCCCUUGUGGAGGAAGGGCCUGAGGGUUGGCGGGUGGGGAGGAAGGGCCCGGCAUCU